ACCUCACCAAACAGGUGAGCCGUUGGAAUCCAACCGCCUCUCAGACACAGUAAUCUAGUAGUGCGUCUCCUUCAUGCCAACCACGACUAGACUAGAAGGCCAAACAUGUCAAAACAAUAUCUGUCGUGGUACUCCGCAGACAAGGCCCACCCUAUCGAUAUUUUCUCUCUGGCCGUAACAGAGAAGCAAAUCAUUUCUGCCUCUGGUGCCUCAGCACUCAAGGUUCACUCAACCACCGAGCCAGACUUCCCUUUGGCACAGUCUCUUGAUGGAGCACAUCCGGUAGGUUGCCAUCAUGUGGUGACCAGCGGAGACGGCUCCAGGGCGGCAAGUGUUGGAUUUGGAGGCGAGACGAAGAUCUGGUCAUUCAAAGAGGGCAAAUGGGUGGAGGAAGAGAACCUUUCAGUAACCAUCGGGAAGACGGCUGGCAUCUGGGCUCCAGCCCUCUCCCAAGAUGGUCAAUAUUUUGCUGGUACUACGCAGGAUGGCCACAUCAAAGUGUGGGACCUGCCUGGCAACUGUGAACAGAUACGUGACCAUGACACGAAGGGCAGCUUUGGCACCUGCAUAGAUCUGUCAGCUGAUGGCCGACUAAUGGCCAGUGGCCAUGAAAACGGCAGCAUCUUCAUCUUCCGCACAGACACUGGCCGCAUGCCAUUUUCCUUGUCUGGUAUAGUGAAGCCAGUCAGGGCAGUGGCCUUUUCACCAGGAGGAAAGCUGCUCGCUGCUGCGGGAGACUCGAAAGUCAUUGUGCUAUAUGACACGGCCUCCGGAGAGCAGGUAGCUAAUCUUACUGGACAUUCCGCCUGGAUCAUGUCUCUAGAUUGGAGCCACACGGGAGAAUACCUCCUCAGCGGUUCCUUCGACGGAAAGAUAAAAGUAUGGUCAAUCGACAGACGAGCCUGCGUGGCCACUCAUUCCGAGAAUGAGAAAGCUAUCUGGUGCGUCAAAUGGUUACCCAAGAUAGGAAAGACGGAAGGAUUCGCUGUCGCGGGAGCAAACCGCAGCAUUUCAUUCUACCGGGAGGCUACUGGUGGCUAGUUGGCUUUGCCAUAGAUAAAAUGCUCUUCCUUGUUUAGUCUUAUUGACUGAUGAAAAAAAAAAAAAAACCGCUUUUGAUGUCUUCAUGCUGACAAUUGUCAUGUCUGUAAUGCAAUUGAUGCUUACGCGCUAUGUCAGAGGCUAGUAGUUUUACCCUAUCAAGGGAAUACAAUUGAGCCAUCUGGCUGAGAGCUUUACAUAGCUCUAUCCUCUUUAACUCCGUGCCUCUCCAGAUAGAUUACAUUGCAAGGUGUCAAUGUCUGGAUUAUUCGGAGAAAG